AGUAAAUUCGAUACCAGAAUCACCACGACAAUUUUCGACAACCCACGACAGUCGAGAUGAAGUGUAAGUUUGGGAUCCAGAACCACGGAUGCGCCUUUCCAUCAGAUAUACUAAUUCUCUCAAUUUCAGUCCUCAAGGUCGGCCGCGUUGCCAUCAUCACCCGAGGCAGAUAUGCCGGAAAGAAGGUAAAUUCCUCACCACCCCUCACGAUCGAUCACUUUUCGACGAGAACCCGAGACUUGGCGAUGGAGUCGAGGAAUGAGGAAUUAGAGAGAUACGAGGAGGACGCAAUGGAAAGCGAUUGGAAAUCUUGUGCUGAUGGAGGAAUUUACAGGUCGUGAUCAUCCAACCUCAAGACACCGGAAGCAAGUCCCACCCAUACCCUCACGCAUUGGUCGCCGGUAUUGAGCGUUACCCAUCGCAAAUCACCAAGCGCAUGUCAAAGGUCCGCCAAACCAAGCGAAGCAAGGUCAAGCCAUUCAUCAAGGUUAUCAACUACAACCACUUGAUGCCAACAAGAUACACACUUGAGUUGGAGGGAUUGAAGGGUGUUAUUUCCUCAGAUACUUUUAAGGAGCCUUCCCAGCGAGAGGAUGCGAAGAAGGUCGUAAAGAAGGCUUUGGAGGAGAGAUACACAUCGGGAAAGAACAGAUGGUUCUUCACCCCUCUUAGUACGUUGGAUCCGAUCUGGGAAUUGAUGUGUGUACGUGGUGGGCUGAUGCUAACAAUUUUCUCCAGGAUUUUGAACGGUUCUCUUUAGCGUUUCUGGGUCGGAAAUGGGGUUGCUUCAUGGCAUAAGUCGCAUAACGAGCUAAAGAAAAUACUGCAUUUCACCACCUGCGGUAUUUCAGUGUCUGAUACAAUAAGGGCGGCGUAACGAACAUGAACCCUUCAAUCAAGUAAAAACCUCGAGAUCCCUCCGAAAUGUGCAACAUCGAGAAUAUGUGAGGCAGCGUUCCAAGGUGGAAUACAACGGAUGAGGAUUUUGGCAGUUGGCUGAUCAUAUUGUCCAGUCUGGGCAACAGAUCUCCAAGGGAGAAUGGGUAUCAAUUUAAAGCGCUCAAGUUGGCCCAAAAGAUAUCCUGCUCAUUUACAUGCGUACAGCGCGAACCGAGACCUGCAUUUCCAUUAUUCCUUCUUACCAAAUCCAAAUCCGAGUUGGAAAUUCCACCAAAAGCACUCUAUUCCCUGCAAGCUUUUCUAGUACUCCUCGAUAAUUGGGCUAUAGGCGAUUAGAACCGCAUGUGUGAACUUGCAACCCUUCUUGACCCAACCUGCCCCUUAUUUUCUGUGCGUAAUUAUCCUCUGGUUGGUUACUUGGUUUGAAUACCAAAUUUGAGAGUAUAAUAAAGAGUUAAUUAUUCCCCCUCCUAUU